AUGACACCCUCCGCCGUAGAAAUCCCACCCGUCACCAUGGAUAAGAGCUUCAAACCGAACAUCGGUGUCUACACCAACCCGGCGCAUGAGCUGUGGGUGGCAGAGGCCGAGCCCAGUCUGGAGAGUGUGCAGAAGGGGGAUACGCUGAAGGAGGGGGAGGUGACGGUGGGGAUCAAGAGUACGGGAAUUUGCGGCUCAGAUGUCCAUUUCUGGCACGCAGGUUGCAUCGGGCCCAUGAUAGUUACAGGCACACACAUCCUCGGCCACGAAUCCGCCGGCGUGAUCCUCUCUGUCCACCCCUCCGUCACACACCUCAAAGUCGGCGACCGCGUCGCCAUCGAACCGAACGUAAUCUGCAACACCUGCGAGCCAUGCCUCACAGGCCGCUACAACGGCUGCGAACAAGUCCAGUUCCUCUCUACACCCCCCGUCCCGGGCCUCUUGCGCCGCUACGUCAACCACCCAGCGAUAUGGUGCCACAAGAUCGGGGACAUGAGCUUCGAAGACGGCGCGUGCCUCGAGCCCCUGAGCGUCAGUCUAGCCGCGAUGCAGCGCAGUGGCGUGAAGCUGGGAGACCCGGUCUUGAUCUGCGGAGCAGGGCCCAUCGGGCUGAUUACGUUGCUGUGCUGUCACGCGGCGGGCGCGACGCCCAUUGUGAUUACGGAUAUCGACGAAGGGAGACUGGAAUUCGCAAAGUCCAUGGUGCCCUCCGUCACGACCUUCAAAGUCACCCGCCAAUCCGCCGAGGCCUCAGCGGCCGCCAUCGUCUCCGCCUUCGGCGGCAUCGAGCCAGCCGUCGCGCUGGAAUGCACCGGUGUCGAGAGCUCCAUUGCCGCAGCCAUCUGGGCUGUGAAGUUCGGCGGGAAGGUGUUUGUUAUCGGGGUCGGAAAGAAUGAGAUGAGCAUCCCGUUCAUGAGGCUCAGUGUCAGGGAGGUGGAUCUCCAAUUCCAGUACCGGUACUGCAAUACGUGGCCCAGGGCGAUCCGGUUGGUGCAGAGUGGCGUUAUUGAUAUGAAGAAGCUGGUCACACACCGCUUCGAGCUGGAGGAUGCUAUCAAGGCGUUCGAGACGGCGGCCGACCCGGGAACCGGUGCUAUUAAGGUGCAAAUCAAGAGUGGAGACUAG